AUGGCCUUUUGGGUCAAAGCGAAAGAUCUGCUAAUACGACGUCCAUCAAUCGCUGUAUAUAAACAUCUUAAACAACUUUCAUUUGAUUAUCGUGAUGCAGUAAUUGAUACUGGAAGAAAAAUGGUUGAACAUCCUAUUAAAACACUGUUUUACUCUUCAAAUGUAUAUUUACUUGUAUAUGCUUAUCAAACAAUGCCAACAUUGCAAACGUAUAGAGACCAUUUAGUAGAUAUACGUCAACAACAAAUCUUAACAUCAAGUCUUAUUCGUAAUAAAAAUGUUGAAACUUAUAUUGAUACCGUUGAACAAUUAUUAUCAUGUGACAAAAUACAUUUUGUUGAUUGUUUUCUUUUCUCCUUAGUGGUUUAUAGAACUCAACAUCGAACGAAUGAUAAUUCAUUUAAGUUUUAUGAGAAUGUAUGUUCGUAUUUACAUUUAAAACGAGAUGCAAGAAUUAUUGAUAUCGGCGCAUUUAAUAGAUGGUUUAUAUUAAAUAGAAAAUUACACCAAGCAGAUAUUUUUUAUGAUAUUAACAAUGAAAAAAAUGCUUUGUAA